AGGCACAGCAAUGGCGGCGGUUGGUUCUGCUGCGGCCGAGAAGGGCGAGGACCAGGUGCCGGAGGCCGAGGCGCUGGCUGCGGCCCGGGAGCGGUGCAGCCGCUUCUUGAGCGGCCUGGAGCUGGUGAAGCAGGGCGCCGAGGCGCGCGUGUUCCGCGGCAGCUUCCAGGGCCGCGCGGCCGUGGUGAAGCACCGCUUCCCGAAGGGCUACCGGCACCCGGCGCUGGAGGCGCGGCUCGGCCGGCGGCGGACGGUGCAGGAGGCCCGGGCGCUGCUCCGCUGCCGCCGCGCAGGAAUAUCUGCCCCAGUUGUUUUUUUUGUGGAUUAUGCUUCCAACUGCUUAUUCAUGGAAGAAAUUGAAGGCUCAGUGACUGUUCGGGAUUAUAUUCAAUCCACUAUGGAGGCGGAAAAAACUCCCCAGAGUCUCCUGGGCCUAGCCAAGGCAGUCGGGCAGGUGUUGGCGCGAAUGCACGACGAGGACCUCAUUCACGGUGACCUCACCACCUCGAACAUGCUCCUGAAGCCGCCCCUGGAGCAGCUGCGCAUUGUGCUCAUUGACUUCGGGCUGAGUUUCGUUUCCGCUCUUCCGGAAGAUAAGGGAGUUGACCUCUACGUGCUGGAGAAGGCCUUCCUCAGUACCCACCCCAACACCGAGAGUGUGUUUGAAGCCUUUCUGAAGAACUACUCCACCUCCUCCAAAAAGGCCAAGCCCGUGCUCAAAAAAUUAGAUGAAGUGCGCCUUAGAGGGAGAAAGAGGUCCAUGGUCGGGUAGGAGACUGUGACAACCGCAGACCGUUCAGCCGUGUAUGUCAAAGCGGAUCUGAAGGGCUGCCGCAGGUUAUGAGGGUAGACUUACGACGAAGCGUGGAGAUAUUUUUAAGUGCUAUCUGUGCCCAUGCUUGUUAAGUCGCUAUCACCUGCAGCCGACUGCUCUCAGGGGCUUACUUGCUAUGCACAUGAGUCGUGUUCGAGCAGACUGCGUAUAACAUAAACCUAGGACGGGCGCGUGCCUCAGGUCCCUGGGCACGGCAUUGAACAUUGAACCACGUAAUGGGAAGAUCAUUCUCUUCGUUCCUGGGGAGACCGGAAUAAAGUCUCGGCGACAGUGUUGUUUUUUUUAUCCUCACCCAAGGACAUUUUGCAUUUAUUUUUAGAUAGAGCGGGA